AUGCGGGAGCGCCCGAGCCCGGCGACCCCUUCCGUGCGGCGCUGCAGAGUUUGUGGAGCGCGGGCCGGGUCCCGGGGAGCUUGGGUCGCGCUCGGCGCGCGACCCGCGCGGGGAUCCUGCCUUCUCAGCUGACCGCUGGGCGGAAGGUGUGCGCUCCCAGGAGAGGGGCCCGGGAGGUGCCCGCGAGCCGCCGCCGCGUGCUAGGCAACUUGGCGCGCGCAGCCGCCGUGGAGCGGCCGUGGGGCGGGCCGAGGGUCAUCCAGCCCGGAGCGCAGGCCACCGGACGUGGCGGAGAGCAAACGUGGGAAUCCCCGGGACGGACCUUUCCGCAGCCGAACAGGAGCAUCAGGUCCAUGCUGCUGCUGGCGUGGGCACCCAAGCCUUGGCACAGGCUUGCACAUCUCAAGCUGUCAGCCCUCCGAUGGACCCCAGGAGGCAGGGCCCUCCACAUGAGCUACGGGCUCCUGUCCACGCAGGGCCCUGGAGGGACAGGCGGGCCGAGCGGGCCCCAGGGCCCUGGGCUUCGGACCAGGCUGUUGGUCACCGCCCUGUUUGGGGCUGGGCUGGGCGGGGCCUGGCUGGCUGCAAGGAAGGAGAAGGAGCAGAGGCAGCAGGAACGAAGGACAGAGGCCCUGCGCCAGGCAGCGGUGGGCCAGGGGGACUUCAGUCUGCUGGACCACCACGGACACGCACGCUGCAAGGCCGACUUCCGGGGCCAGUGGGUGCUCCUGUACUUUGGGUUCACUCACUGCCCUGACAUCUGCCCCGAUGAGCUGGAGAAGCUGGUGCAGGUGGUCCGAGACCUGGAGGCCGAGCCUGGCCUGCCCCCAGUGCAGCCGGUCUUCAUCACCGUGGACCCCGAGCGGGACACCGUUGCAGCCAUGGCCCGCUACGUCCAGGACUUCCACCCACGGCUGCUAGGCCUGACCGGGUCUGCCGAGCAGGUAGCCCAGGUGAGCCGCAGCUACCGCGUGUACUACCGCGCCGGCCCCAAGGAUGAGGACCAGGACUAUAUCGUGGACCACUCCAUUGCCAUCUACCUGCUCAGCCCCGAUGGCCUCUUCACCGACUACUACGGCCGCACCGCGUCCGCACAGCAGAUCGCCGAAAGCGUGCGGCGCCACAUGGCUGCCUUCCGCAGCAUCCUGCACUGAGCCACUCAUUAAACGGGGUGUGACAGA